CAGCUGGGGGGGCUGCAGGAGGAGGAGGAGGAGGAGGAGGAGGGAAACUGAUGAUCUACACCAGCCUGGAUGCCAAGGAUGAGAUGGAAGAGAAGCUGGAAAGAUGCAUGGGAACGGUGACCUCCCUGACUGGUGGGCUCUCGGAGAGGGAAGCCAACGACGCCUUGACGCCCACGUGUGCAAAGGAGCCCCCCAGCACGAGGAAGUCUGCCUGGGUCUUUUCACCAUGAUCCUGAUCGAGCCCGCUCAAGCCCAGAAGUGUUACCGAGACCUCGCCCUGGUGAGCCGAGACGGGUUAAGCUCCACAUUGACCAAGAUGAACCAGAUCCUCAUGGAAUACCUCAAGUUGCAAGACACCAGUCGCACCCAGCUGCUUUGGCUGCUGCGCGAGAUGGUGAGGAAUGGCGUUCUAGGCAUCGAUGGGAUUUGCAUGACGUUCAUGAAACAGAUUGCAGGAGGAGAUGUCACCGCCAAGAACAUGCUGGCCGAAAGCAUCCUCGACAUACUGACGGAACAGAGGGAGUGGGUGCUGAAGAGCGGGUUGCUGAUUGCCAUGUCGGUGUACACCUAUCUCCGUCUCAUCGUCGACCACCAUGGCUCCCCCUCCCUGCAGGCCCUCCGCCAAAAGGAGGUGGACUUCUGCGUUUGGCUGCUCCGAGACCGGUUCAUGGAUUGCUUCAUGGUCGGCCGAGAUCUCGUGCGGCUCCUGCAAAGCGGCCGGAUUCCGGAGUUCGAGCACCUUUGGAAGGACAUCACUAACCCCCAGGCCCUGAGUCCCCAGUUCACAGGGAUGUUGCAGCUUCUGCAGUCAAGGACGUCCCGGAAAUUUCUGGCAUGUCGCCUGACCCCCGAUAUGGAGACCAAGCUGCUUUUCAUGACCUCACGGGUUCGUUUGGGUCAGCAGAAACGGUACCAAGACUGGUUCCAGCGCCAAUAUCUCUCUACGCCGGAUAGCCAGUCCUUGCGUUGCGACCUCAUCCGUUACAUCUGCGGGGUGGUCCACCCGUCCAACGAGGUGCUCAGCUCCGACAUCCUCCCGCGCUGGGCCAUCAUCGGCUGGCUGCUCACCACCUGCACGUCUAACGUGGCCGCUUACGCAAGCUUGCCCUGUUUAAACGACUGGCUGUUCUUCAACCCCGAUAAGGACAGCAUCAUGAAUAUCGAGCCCGCCAUCUUCGUCAUGUACCAUUCGAUGAAACCACAUCCAGCGAUCACAGCUACCCUGCUGGACUUCAUGUGUCGGAUCAUCCCGAAUUUUUAUCCCGCUCUGGAGGCUCACGUCCGUCAAGGUGUCUUCAACUCCCUCACCCACAUCGUCGAGAAGCGAGUCUUGGCGUAAGACCCUUGG